AUGAGUGGUGUCCGGAAUGGUGUACAGGCUCUUCUGAAGAAAGAGGCAAACGGUCACUGUCUGUAUGUCUACUGCUUUGCCCACAGCCUGAAUUUGUGCAUAAAAGAUGUCACUCAGAAGUGUGAACUGCUACGCAAUUGCAUGGACUUUAUUUUCCAGCUGGUGCAACUGAUCAGGUUUUCACCUAAGAGACUUAAUCUUUUUGAGAGCGUGCGCAAGGACAUUUCGGUGUCAGAAGGUGAGUCAGGUCUGUCUCCAUCACUGAGACCACUUUGCCCUACACAAUGGACUGUUCGCCAUUCUGCCAUUGCAAGUAUCCUGAAGAAUUAUAAGAUGCUCAUGACAACACUCGAGACUGUUCGACAAGGUCAUGAUGAGUAUGCUGCUAAAGGAAGUGGAUUGCUGGCAAAGAUGGAAUCAUUUGAGACUUUCUUUAGCUUGAAGCUUGCUUACAGGGUCUUCUCUGCAGCUGAACAGUUUUCCAUAAACCUUCAGGCUAAAGACACAGCUGUUUCCAAGGGAACCAGGGGAGCUGACGUAUUGAGAUCACAUUACGUGUCCUUGCGGAGUUACACUGCCUUUACAGAUUUCUAUAAGGAUGUUCUGGAUUUUUCAGGAGGCCUGACUGACGAACCUGUUCUACCCCGCUGCCGGAAGGUACCCAGGAGAUAUGAUGAAGGGGGCGAGACGCAUCGUUAUGCAUCUCCUGAACACAGGUAUCGCCACGCCUAUUUUGAAGUACUGGACUAUGCGAUUGGCGAAAUAGUGAGGCGUUUUGAUCAAUCUGAUCUUGCUAUUGUUCGUGAGGUGGAGUCUCUGCUAAUUAAUGCAGCCAACGGCAAAGAUAUACCAGAAAUCCCAGAGGCAGUUGCCAAAUAUUUUCAGGGGACUCUAGACCUAGCGUGUCUAAAGAUUCAACUAAAGAUGUUACCAGAUGCGAUCACGAAUGCAUUUGCUGGUUCUGCUAUCCGUGUGAAGAAGGUAACGCAUGUCCGGACCAUUGUUGACACGCUCAACCAGAGUCAAAUGUACAAGGACAUGCUCAAUCAGGUAGACAAACUGGUUCGAUCAUAUUUGACAUUUCCUGUUACUAGUGCCACUGCUGAGAGGGCGUUCUUUUCUGUGCGCCGCAUAAAAACGUUUCUGAAGAGUACAAUGUCACAGCAGCGUCUAAACAACUUGUUCUUGUUGUAUGUUCAUAAAGCAAGAAUAAACGCCCUUGAUCUUUCAUCUGUGGCCAAGGACUUCAUUGAUUUAGAGCAUCAUAGAUAUAGUUCUCAUUUAGUGAAUGGAGUUGCUGCAGAUGCUAACAGUCAUUUAAGUAAACAAGCGUCUUCUAUUAGUGUUGCUAUGUCUGUUAGUCGAGCUCCCACGUCGUUGUUACUCCGUGCAUUUCUCACCGUGUCCCAACACAGUGCCGAUGUGUCGUGGGUGGAACCUGUGAUUGUGCAAAAGGGGCACCAUCGUACACUUACAAACACGCGUGUGGCACAUGCGGAGUGUGCGGCCGCGGGACCGGUGGCUGCAUGA